UCAACACUGUCGCGACACGUGGACCUACCCAGCAGUCAACAGUAUUUUAACUGUUAAACUUCACAUGACGAAAUUAAUUUCGACUGUUUGAUUAAGCAUGGCAAGCACUCGGAUCUCGAAGAUGUCCACAUUGCUUAUUGUCGGAAUAGCCCUCAUAACGAGUGUUACCUCCCUUGAUACACUGAGCGCUGACUGUUCCGGUGACCACUGCCACAAAGAUCCGCCAGGGGGCGAGGGGGGAUUCGAAGAGGAGGGGGAACACCCUAUGCUGUACUGGUUGACGGGGGAUUCCUGCUACAAAGUUGGCGACUUUAACCCUUUCCUUACGAUGGAACAACAACAGGAAGAUCCCAAGUUCUGCCCUGAAGGUACCGAGUUUUAUUGGAAGGACCCAAAGGAGUGGACGCAAGAAGAAAAAGACGCCAUGGGACUCGUAGAAGUAGACUACGAUGAGUAUAUGAAGCAGACUGGACAGAAAAUUGAGUGACCUGUCUGGAACCCGAACACUUUGUGUUGACGUGUACAAAUCAGUGCUUUGGUAUGGAGAAGACGGAACACCUGCCACGCGUAUAGAUUAGAUGACCCAAGCUCGUUAACACCAUGCUGCUUGAUUGAAUGAAACACAGAUUAUUCUGAAGAGUGUUUACAAUUAUCCGGGUCUGAGUUAUGUUGUUAAAAGUUGUCAUUUAUGAAUAAAAUAUGUUUUAAUGUUUUAAAA